AUGAAGUUCAUCUCUGGUCUCCUUGCCCUCGCCGCCCUGGCUUCAGCCGCCCCUGGCAAGGCUCCCACCCCUCUCGACAUCAAGCUCGAGAGCGCCGGCAACGCUGAGAUCAAGGCCGUCAUUACCAACACUGGCAAGAACAAGCUCAAGAUUUUCAAGACCGGCACCAUCUUGGACAGCAGCCCUGUGGAAAAGGUCAAGAUUAGCUCCGGAGAGCACACCGUCCCCUUUGACGGCAUCCGGCAGCGCAUCUCCACCGCGAACCUGGACGAGGACGCCUUCCAGAGCAUCCCCGCGGGCGAGUCCAUCGAGGUGACGUUUGACAUUGCCGAGGCCCACGACCUGUCCGUGGGGGGCAAGUACGACGUGCAGUCGACGGGCGCCUUUUCCUUUGCCGAGGAGGACUCGACCGAGCUGGUCGGCUCGGUGCCGUUCGAGACCAACACAGUCUCGGUCUCGGUCGACGGCGAGGCAGCCUCGGCGCGCCGCAUCGCGUUCCACCAGAAGCGCACCCGCGUGCAGAGCGACUGCUCCGGCAGCAAGCUGUCUGUGACGCAGACGGCGCUGCGCAACUGCCAGUCGCUCGCCUCUGCGGCGCAGCAGGCCGCGGCGUCCGGGUCGGCGUCGAAGCUGAGCGAGUACUUCAAGUCGUCGUCGAGCAGCGUCCGCAGCACCGUCUCGGGCGUCUUUGGCCGGGUCGCGUCCGAGUGCAGCUCGACGACGAGCGGCGUCGCCAGCUACUACUGCUCCGACGUGCUGAGCUCGUGCUCGUCGGGCGUGCUGGCCUACACGCUGCCCAGCGGCAGCCUCAUGGUCUACUGCAACCUGUACUUCACGGCGCUGCCGGCCCUGACCCGGUCGUGCCACGCCCAGGACCAGGCGACGACCAACAUCCACGAGGUCACGCACCUGACGCAGGUCAAGGGCACGCAGGACUACGGCGGCUACGGCUACAACUUUGUUCGGAGCCUGAGCGCCGCGCAGAACUUGAACCAUGCUGAUACGUAUGCCUUGUAUGCCAAUGCCAUUUACGCUGGCUGCUAA